UUACGUCAUUUUCCCGCCCUGAGUUCGGAUCAGUUUGUUGGCGGGAUUCUCAGAGCAGGAAGUCAAACAGCGGCGGGUCCAUUAUUGUUUUCGUUGUGUUCGUAUCUAAUCGCUUUAGGCAGUUUUGUGAGUUUAAUAGCAUUAACUACAGAACCUUUGUGUGACUUUUUGCUUCUGGCGAAGCUUGUAGCUGGAAAUCAUCAUGCAGUUCACAGGCAGGAGAAGAAAGCUGACCGUUCAUCCGCAGAAUGAGCUCUACGGCCACUGUCUGCAGCUGUAUGGACAGCCACCUCUGGAGAACAUCUCCCUCAGCGAGUUUGAAACCUUUGCAGUGGAGAGGCUGAAACUGUUGAAGACCGUGGAGAACCUUGGUGUCAGCUAUGUGAAAAUGUCGGAGCAGUAUUCUAAGAAACUGCAUGCUGAAAUCUCCAGCCUCCAUUUCCCACACCGACCAGAAGUGGAUGAAUCAAGCUUGAACAAAAGUCAAGCCGUACCAACUGAAUAUGAGAAGCGAAGGAAAGACCACAUCUCUCAUUUUAUUCUGCGCCUGGCAUAUUGUCAAACGGAGGAUCUCAGACGGUGGUUUAUCCAGCAGGAGAUGGAUCUUUUUCGCCAUCGUUUCACUGACCUUCCACCAAAGUUCAAGACUGAAUUUCUGCAUAGAAAUAAUCUGAAAUAUGACACGAUAAGUGUGGAGGAAAAGAAGAACUUAAAAGACCAGCUUAUAAACUCCAGUUAUGGUUUUAGUGGAACUACGGUUGUGGAGCAGGACUUCUACAAGGUCCCUUUUCAAGAUGCUCUGGAUUUAGUUAGGAUGAGGAAAGUCUUCUUGCAGGGUGGCUACGCCUACAUUCCCCAUCAGGAGAUUGUCACAAUUGUUCUGAACGAUUUCCGUACGAGGCUCUCCAAAGCACUUGCACUAACCGCGAGAUCCUUACCAGCCGUGCAGUCUGAUGAACGACUCCAGCCACUGCUGAACCACCUCAGCCAUGCCUAUGUUGGCCAGGAUUACAGCAUCCAAAAGAACAUUGGGAAGGUUUCCUUGGAGCAGAUUGAUGCACUCUCAGCAAAGUCCUUCCCUCUGUGCAUGAGGCAGCUCCACAAGGCCUUGAGAGACAACCACCACCUGCGCCACGGCGGCCGCAUGCAGUAUGGCCUCUUCCUCAAGGGCAUCGGCCUCACCCUGGAACAGGCGCUUCAGUUCUGGAGGUCCGAGUUCAUCAGAGGCAAAGUGGACGCUGAUAAGUUUGACAAAGCAUAUGCCUACAGCAUCCGCCACAUGUUUGGAAAGGAAGGAAAGCGAACAGACUACACCCCCUACAGUUGUAUGAAGGUGAUUUUGUCAAAUCCACCCAGCCAAGGCGACUACCACGGGUGUCCAUUCCGCCACAGUGACCCGGAGCUACUGAAGCAGAAGCUACAGUCUUAUAAGCUCUCCCCCAGUGGGAUCGUUCAGAUUUUGGACCUUGUCAAGGGAAUGCACUAUCAGCUGGCCUGCCAGAAGUACUUUGAAUUGACACACAAUAUUGAAGAUGCUGGCUUUUCUCUGAAUCAUCCGAACCAGUACUUCAUGGAGAGUCAGAAGCUGCUUGGCGGAGGCAGGGAAAUCAAGAAAGAGGUGGAGAUGCCCCAGAAAGUUCAGGAAAACACAACCGCUAAUGGUGCCAGUGUGCAACCUCAACCCAACACUACACAGGCAAUGGAAGAGAUGGGAGAUUUAGACUCGUACUUCCUUGACGAGUAAUGGUUCAAUCACACAAAAUGACAAAUUACCUUCUCUCAGUGCUUCAACUCUUAUUUUCCAUUAUUAUUUUUGCAACAAGCUGUUUUUAAUGCUGAAAUGGUUUGUGGUUUUGGAUUCUUAAAAAAUAUAUCAACUAGUAGUAGUGCUACAGUAUUUCAGUAUUAUGAGUCACUCUGUUCGCAUCAGAAAAUCUAAUAAAAUUUCAGACCUGAAAACAAAUCUACAAUCAUGUCAUGGUUUUUUUGGAUAUAUGCUGUAGCAAGCAAAAUACACAGAAUUCCAGUUUGCCAUUAUUUGCUGCUGAGCAAUUUUAUGUGGGCAGUAAAUAAAGGGGCAUUCUACCCUAAAACUAGCAUUUAGUACAUCAUAAUUUUAUUUUAUGCAUUACACAAAUACAUCAUACAACCAUUUGGAAUUCCACCCAUGGAGAUAAAGAAAUCCACUGAUGUACCACUUAUGUAUAAGAUACAGACAUGAGAUUUAGCUAGUGGCAAAUAAAAUUCCAACAGCCCACUCAGGUGUCUGACCCAAAGUUCUUGUAGUUUUUUAAUAGUUCCUCUCACCUUCAAGAUACAUCAGAACUGGGUUUUCCUAGUCUUCAAAUUGGGUAGUGUCACUCUUGAGACUACUGUGGCAGAGCUCUAAGAUAUGAGCAGGCAUGUUUCCGACAGAUGGGCCAAAUGCUACUUUUUUAUUUUAAGUACCCUUUUAACAGAUAUCAGUAAAGGUAUAUCAGAGGCCUUUUCAACAGAUCAUGGGUUUCCUCAGCGUUGAUACCUGCUGGCACAUUUUUCUUAGGACAUGAUUCAAGCUUUAAAAUAUCUAUG